AUGGCUCCGAGAAUGUCUUCCUGUAACGGCUCGCCGUUGACGACCUCCGACCUUGCCGCAACCUCAGACGAACUCGACUCCCAACCGAUGGAUCACGCCUUGAAGGCCCGGAAGAUGGGCUCCGUUUCCGCUAGACAGAGAAAGAGUCAAGAACGACAGCAGCAGCUGGCGCUGGACCGAGAGAGAUACGCGGAGCACAAGAGAAGGAUUCUGAUGUACGAUCAUAGGGUGGAUCGCCAGUCUCCAUAUACGGAUGACCUUGAACGCGAUACAGCAGAUGAGGGCGACGGGAGCGCUAGACAUUCUGAUCGAGAGUCUUCUGUCUCAACACUGUCGGAGAGAAGUGCACUGACGCCGGACGACAUGCUGCAGAAUCAAGCCAGAUUUGGCGGGCAACCCUCUACCGCCUCCCACACUAUCACGGCGCUCAAAAUCCAGAUACCGGAUGAAGAUGAAGUUCUCCAACGAAUGGAGCUGGACGAGAAUCGAAUCAUCAUCCCUCACUCCCCAAAACCACUGCUGCAGGCAUCGCUCGCUACUCUGUCUGACUUCAGAUACGACCGCUACUCGACGAUCCUAGACUCUCCACUGUCGGAGACACUCAGCCCUGACCUCGACACGGAUGAGACCUUUUCCCCAAUCGAGACAGCUACGCCUAUCUCCUACCAACAGCCCAAAUCGCGUCCGUCGCUGAUAUCCAUAGUCAGCAUAUCUCAUCGAGGCAAACGAAGGACAGCUUCUUUGCAGAGCCCACUGUCCCAGAUGGUGCCGCAGGCGGUGGAAAGAUCCGCGCAACGUCAGUCAAUAAGCAGUAUCCGCUCCGCCUUUCCCGCGGCUGAAGCCACGCUCUUCGAAGUGCCUAAUUUGCCCGAUAACGCUUUCGAGCUCAUUGCCACUGCUAGCCAAGAAUCCCUGCCAUUACCAUGCAAGGAAGUACCAAGGGCAAAAGCUGAACGAAAGCCAAGUAUGCCUCGUCUAUCGACAGCGUUGAGCCAUGCACGCAUGAGCAGCGUCAAGAACCUUAUCAAGACCCCCACAACUACUAUUCCUUCCGCGACGCAUCGGAGGUCGAUCUCUCGCCCCUCCAGUCACAUCAGCAGACCUUCGACCGCAAGCAUACCUGCGUCGGAGAGCUCUUCAUUAUCAGUGGCAGGAGCGGGCAACACCAUAACAGCCUUGCCAUCUCCGCCCACGCCCUCAGCUGAUGACGAGAUCUCGGAUCGCCUGGAGGCUAAGUCUGCUAUGCAAAGAAAGAAAUCCUUCUCUACCCUGAGAAGAAGAAGUGAGAGCAUUGGACAAGCGAUCAAAGGCCUCAGCAAACUCACACCCAAGCAUGACGUUCCCUUACCAACAACGUCCGGCCUGACGACGCCGAAGAAGGUGCAACAUUUCGAUCCUUCCGACUUUCCUACACCGCCUCUGCCUGCUCCGCGAAUUGCCAAGAAUAGCGCAAGCUCUUUCUCAUCUUCUCGAGCGUGGAGUAGCGGAGGGUUCGUUGGGCUAGGGCUACGAAGUGUCGAGGGUCUGGCGCAAAGAUAG